CCCCGCAGUUGCCCGGACCCGGACUACCCCCAGGGGCCAGCUGAGCCCCAGAGGACCCACGACCGACCCCGUGUUGCCUCGGGCCGGUGCCAUGGACGCCUUCAUCCGCUUCACCAACCAGACCCAAGGUCGGGACCGACUCUUCAGAGCCACUCAAUACACAUGCAUGUUGCUUAGAUAUUUGUUAGAGCCUAAAGCUGGCAAAGAGAAGGUGGUAAUGAAGCUCAAGAAAUUGGAGUCCAGUGUGAGCACUGGGCGUAAAUGGUUCCGAUUAGGCAACGUGGUACAUGCUGUCCAGUCGACUGAGCAGAGCAUUCAUGCCACCGACCCAGUGCCCCGCUUAUGCUUAACAUUAGCCAACUUGAACCGUGUGGUUUAUUUCAUCUGUGACACCAUUCUCUGGGUGAGGAGUGUGGGUCUCACCAUGAGCAUCAACAAAGAGAAAUGGCAAACAUGGGCCACCCGCCACUACUACUAUUUUCUCCUGCUGAGCCUGGUCAGGGAUCUGUAUGAAAUCUCCCUGCAGAUGGGACGGCUUGCACAUGACAGGGCAACGAGAGAGAAGUCAUCCCAGAAUCCUUUUGGAUACAGCUUGGCUGAUGAAGAAACAGAAUGGCUUCAGUCCUUCCUUCUUCUUUUAUUCCGAUCUCUGAAGCAGCAUCCUCCCUUGCUUCUGGACACAGUGAAGAACUUAUGUGACAUCCUGAUCCCCUUGGACCAGAUGGGGAUCUAUAGGUCCAACCCAGGCAUCAUUGGGCUUGGAGGUCUUGUAUCCUCUGUGGCAGGUAUCAUCACUGUGGCCUAUCCUCAGAUGAAGCUGAAGAUCCUCUAGGGUGUUGGUAGGCUCAGGACCAGUGACUGUUUAAAGAAGACAUCUUCAUGAAACAAACAUUUACAUCGGUCACAAAUCAUGUCAUAUCAUGCUUAUGUUUUUUGUUCACAUGAGCAUUUAUGACCUGUAAUGUGAGCUGAGGUGGGGCCAAAAAUGGAGCAUGAAGAUUUAUGGUGUUUUUAGAGUGCUGGAAUGACUUCUGAAUUUCUGAAUAUUUUCCAUUCACCCAACAUUUACUGAGCAUCUCUUAUGUGCAUAGUAGGCGCUUAGCAUUUGCCACAUGAAUAAAAAUUGAAAGGAAAAAAAUUGAAAAAGACCCGAUAAAACUAAUAAGUGAACACUAAUAUACAUAUAGAUUAGGUUAUAUGGAUUAUUGGUUUCACAUGAUUUUCAUAGAUCUGAUGCACAGCACCUUCAGAUUUGAUAGCUAACCACUUCUAUCAGCUAUACCUGCCUCCAAGAUUGUCAGUAGCAGGAUGGAGGGGAGCUGGGCUGAAGGCCUCCUCACUUGUUGGCCUUGGCCAUUAUUGUACUUUUUUUUUUUUAAUAUUUUUAGUCGUAGAUGGACACAAUAACCUUUAUUUUA